AUGGUCCCAAAAGAAGACCAUCAAUACAUUGGGAUUAUCCAACUACUUCACCAUUUUGGGUGGACAUGGAUUGGGAUUUUUGCUGUUGAUAACAACAAUGGAGAAAAUUUCUUAGAAAAAAUGCAGUCCUUACUUUCAGAGAACGGAAUCUGCUCAUCGUUCAUAGAAAGGCUUCCACAACUGGUUCACUUGGAGGACUUCCCAGAAGUUUAUCAUAAAAUCUCAAUUAUCUCCAUUAAUUUGAUGAACAGCAAAGCCAAUGCAUUUCUUGUCUAUGGAGAAUCCUGGGCUAUUAUGUGGCUAAGAACUGUUACAUUUUUGGCAGAUCCUGAAACCAAAGAAAUGGCAUUAUUUAGAAAGGUGUGGAUCAUGACUGCACAGAUUGAUUUCAUAUUAUCAGGAUUUCAAAUCACAUGGGAUCUCAAGAUGUUCCAUGGGGCUAUUUCCUUCACUGUUCAUUCAAGAGCAGUUGUAGGUUUCAAGGAAUUUCUUCAGACUGUAAAUCCUCUUUCAGACAACAGAAAUGGGUUUCUGCAGGAAGUUUGGGAACAAUCAUUUGAUUGUUCAUUUCCAAAAUCAGAGUUACAAAAAAUGCAGAGUAGGAAAUGCACUGGGGAGAUGAAGCUGGAGGACCUUCCUGCACCUGUAUUUGAAAUGGAAAUGAUUGGCCAAAGCUAUAGUAUCUACAAUGCUGUUUAUGCUGUGGCUCAUGCUUUGCAAGGUCUACUCAUUCUGGAGUUCAAUAGAAAGAAGACUAAAAUGGAUAAAAAACCCGAUUUUCUAAAUCUGCAGGCUUGGCAGCUCCAUUCAUUUCUUCAAGGCAUUUCUUUUAACAAUUCAGUUGGGGAGAGAGUGUUCCCGAAUGAGAAAGGAAAAGCAACAGGUGGAUUCGACAUCACCAACUUGAUAACUUUUCCAAACAGAUCCUUUCAGAGAGUUAGAGUUGGAAAGCUGGAUCUACAGGCCCCAAAAGGGAAGGAAUUACUCAUUGAUGAAGAUGUGAUCGUCUGGAAUCCAGCUUUUAACCAGGUUCUUCCACUUUCUCGAUGCAAUGACCCUUGUUUCCCUGCAUCCUGGAAGAAAGGGAUUGAGGGGGAUCAAUUCUGCUGCUAUGCCUGUGUUCCAUGCCCAGAAGGGAAGAUUUCAAAUCAAAAUGAUAUGGAUGACUGUUUUGAAUGUUCAGAAGAUCAGUAUCCAAAUAAAGAAAAGAAUGGAUGUAUCCUGAAAGUGAUGGUAUUUCUAACUUUUGAAGAAACCUUAGGAAUUGGUUUAGCCUCAGCAGCUCUUUGUUUCUUCUUCUUGACAACUUGGAUACUUGGAACUUUUAUUAAGCACAGGGAUACUCCGAUUGUCAAAGCCAACAACAGGUUCCUCACCUACACCCUGCUUGUCUCUCUUCUGCUCUGUUUUCUCUCCUCUUUGUUCUUUCUCAGCCAUCCUGGCAAAGUGAUCUGCCUUCUCCGACAAUCAAUGUUUGGUAUCACUUUCUCAGUGGCCAUUUCUAGUGUAUUGGCUAAAACCAUCACUGUAGUUGUGGCUUUCAUGGCCACUAAACCAGGAUCUCAGAUGAGGAAAUGGGUGGGGAAAAGAUUGGCUUUUUGUACUGUCCUUUCCUGUUCUCUCUUCCAAGUAUUGAUUUGUAUUAUUUGGUUGUCAACAUCCCCACCAUUCCCUGAGUUGGACAUGUUCUCAAAACUCCAAGAAAUAAUUUUGCAGUGCAAUGAGGGGUCAGCUUUCUUCUUUUAUUGUGUCUUAGGCUACAUGGGUAUCUUGGCCAUUGCCAGCUUUUUUCUGGCUUUUCUUGCCCGUAAACUACCUGACAGCUUCAAUGAAGCCAAGUUCAUCACCUUCAGCAUGUUGGCCUUUUGCAGUGUGUGGAUCUCCUUCUUUCCAGCCUAUCUGAGCACAAAAGGAAAAGCCAUGGUAGCUGUGGAGAUCUUCUCCAUCUUGUCCUCCAGCGCUGCAUUACUGGGAUGUAUAUUUUUCCCAAAAUGCUACAUAAUUGUUUUUAGGCCUGACCUCAAUCACAGGGAGCAACUCACAAAGAGAAAUUAG